GGGACUUGCUGGGAUUUUUGUGUCUCGCGAGGUGAGGCGCUGCCCGGGCGGAGUUUCCACAGGCGGCGGUGCUGUCUGUGGCCUCCGCUGUGGGCCUGGACGCGGAUGUGGAGGCGAGAGGAGAGUGAGGGGAGGGCUUUCUGAAGCCGAAGGCUCGGCGCCCCGGCGGCUCCGGCGCCCGGGGCUGGGGGAGGCCGCGGGGCGGCCGGCCGGGCCCCCGGAGCUGCUCGGAGGUCCCACCCACUCCCUGGAAGUCGCCCGACUGCUCUCCUGGAAAAGCAAGGGAGACGGGGGCCGAAAAGCCCACUGGAAGGCGCGGGAGGGAGGACUCUGAGGUCAGCCCGGUGCCCAGGAGGCUGGUCACACGUCUGCUCUCCGGGACCGCCAGAGGCUGACCUUAACUUCGAAUUCACCCUGCCCACCUGGGUAACGGCGGUCGUGGAGCAUGCGGGUACAGGAGAAGCAAGCGCAAAAUUAGCAUCCUUCUACAAAAACUCAGGAAUAGGAGAGUGCUGUUCCAUCCAGGAUGGAACUGUGUCCUUACUGUAAGAAGCCAUUUAAACGAUUGAAAUCCCACUUGCCGCACUGUAAGAUGCUAGGAGCAACUAUGCCUGCUGAUCAAGAAAUUCGUCCGUGCGAGCCGGCUACACGCCCACAUGGUAAAAAAAUCGAAGUGCCAAUCAGAGACCCAAUUAAAGCAAAAGAGAAAGAGUUAGGGACAAACAGUAAGAAAAGAAAUCCGGAACUGAAAGGGAACAAUUCAGAACGGACAGUCAAGUCCUCUUCAGCACUAGCUGUUGGUUUGGAAAAAGCAAGUCAUAACAAGGCUGAUGAAGACGUCAAGAGUCAAGUUAAGCCCUCCCUCAAAAUGUUAAAGGCUACUAAACCAAAGGUUCCUUUCCAGGGAGAAACUACAGCUCAGUUUUCUGCGUCAGAAAACACCAGUUCUACAAAAGAACUUGCCAAAGCUUUGCCUCAGUCAGGAGAAAGUGGAGAUAACCCUUCAGAGAUUGAAGCACCUUUACCUCCUGUCCCAGUGGCACCUUCUCGGUCAAAUCACGACAGGAAAUAUUCUUUAACCUUACUUAAUGAUGUACAAGCCACUUCAGCUGAUUUAAGACUGGACAAAGUGGAUGCCUCAAGACAGAACCUUCUCGUAAAAUUAUUUGAUACACCUCUUGGUGAUGGUCAUAGUUCUUCCAUGAAUUGCAGUCACAGGGUUCAAAGAGGAAACAAGUCAUCGUCAGGCAGAGAAAGAGAUUCCAAGGCUGAGGAUCACCUCUUAGGAGCCUCUACUGACAGAGACUUCAGGACUCUGGCAAAGAAUGCAGAAUCACAGAUUGCUACUUUUAAACUUAACCCCUUAGGUGAAAGCCAGGGCAGGGAGAACCAGGGAAAAGCACUCCACCUUGGAGCAGAGACAUAUGGGAGCCAAGGAGGUGUGGAGAAAAGGGUAUCUGUGACAGGAAGGCAGGAUUGGGCUUCCCUGAGCCAUGAUUCAGUCACGGAGAAGAAACCUCGAGACAGAGGUCCCGGUUUACACUUGCUCCCACUAACGGGCACAACUUGCCCUGAGCAUCUCCCUCUAGCACAGUCAUGUAACCAGAGUCCCACCUCUCUGGCUAUAAAAUUUCUCCAGGAAGAGAAAGCAGAAGCCGGCAGCCAGAAUCGAGUCCCUGCUGUGAAGGCAUUGAUGGAGGGUGAGGAGUGGGCUUCUCUGACAACUAAGUUGGGCUCUCAGCCCCCAGCAUCGCACCCCCGGGGUCUGCAGUCCGCACGUUCAGCGCAGCACCAUGCUUCCAGAAGCCCCUUGCCCGGUCAGAGCCUGUCGAGCGCCCUGGGGCUGGAGUGGUUUCCAGAGCUCUAUUCUGGUUAUCUCGGCCUUGGGGUGCUGCCAGAGAGGCCCCAGCGUUGGAGCAGCCUGGCCCAGAAGCCCCUGCUUGUCAUCAGUCCCCAGGGCGAGAGACUCUCCCAAGUUCCUUGGUUGGAAAGAAGCUCGACGGCAGUAAGGAGUUUGGAAGCCCCGGCCGGCUCCUCUCUCAGGAGGCUCCUGGGAGCUGUCCACUCAGGCUGGAUCCGGUGCCGCACCACGGUGAGGAGCGGAGUCGGUGGCCUCACCUUGCUCUUCGCUGGCUGCUUCGUCCUCGGCUGCAGCUGGAGCUUCAAGCACCUGAGUAAGCCUCACUCUGUAUCCUCAGUAGCAGGGCACAGCCCAUGACAUGCACCUCUGCGGGAUUUUCUGAAUUGCUUUUUUCAGUUUUGCAUUGUCUGACGCGCCCUAAUGAACAAGCUGUUGCCCAAGGCUCUGGGGUUUUUUUUUAUUGGAGGUUUUGGUUCUAAUGGCCUUGAUAAGAUUUGACUAGAGUUUACAUAACCGCUCUCAUGCUCCAUUGAAGAUGGUCCCUGGAGAUUGGGUGCGUUUGUGUCUUCUGCUUAAAGCUGUUUGCCUGUUGGAGGAUCAGGGCUCUUCUCUAUGACUUUCUGAUUCCUAAGAACUUCUUUUUAGGAUGGAAACCAAAUAGCUUUAUACCCUAAGAGAUGAGAAGCAAACUGUCACUUACCAGUGUGUCUAAGGCUGAGAGCUGUUUUAUUUAAUCUACUUUUAACGUUAAAAAGAACAAUCACCUUUUUCUAGUUACGCAUUUCAACUUGCUCCAAAUCUUACCAGAAGGAAAAUGCCUGGAUUUCACUGCUCUUUUAAUUCCAGAUAACGUGUGCUCAUUUUUAAAAAGUAUUAUUGUAUUAAAGAAAUCAAAAAAGUCCCAGUAUUCUUCCACAACAGACAAAAUCCAAAUGCUUUCAGAUGAAAACUUUGAGUGCAAAAGGGUAAGGUCGUCAUUAACAUUAGAGGCCAGUAGAACUCAGAAGCUUCCAGAAUGUCGGGUCUGACUCUGGCUGGGCUUGGCGACUGAUGCGGUGCCAAGACGCAGGGCGCAGGUCGCGUCUGCAGCGGGCACUCACGUCCCUACUGGCCAGCCACGGCUGCCCACCCUCGCCUCACAGAAAGGAGUUCCUUUCUGAUCACAGGGCCUAAAAUCCCAGGUCGUUUCUUUCACAGGGAAAAAGCCUCCCCUGAAAAAGAGACUGUUCAGGUGAUGCUGGAGUUUCUGUUUCACAUCUUUAAAUUGAGAGCGAGGAAAGUGAGGCAGAAACUUACCCCUGUACCUAAGACUUUAUUUCUAAAUUUAUAAAACAAACACAAGGGGAUGAUCUUGAGGGGCAAGAGGUAGAAGCCGUCAGGGAACAGCCUCGUAGACCCUUACGUUUGUCUCUGUUUAUCCCAAGAGCUGCAGCGCUGGCCUAAGCAGCGCUGACCUAGACGCCACGUGGGGAAGCUGGCGCUCCGAGUCGAGGACGGUGGGGACACUGCAGAGCGCGUUUGAAGAGCGGAAAACUGUCCUGGGGGCAGGGAGAGAGAGCGGAAAGAAUAAAAGUACUGGAAUCUAACCGUUCUCGAGGGAGCCAGGUGGUUGUUUUUUUAAUGUGGACAGCUCUGGUUCUCUCUGGAUAUUUCUUUUGGCUUGUUCUCAAAAGUGACUGAAAGUUUUGGAGAAAAACUUGAGGUUGUUUAAUCAUAAAGGCGGAUGUUAUUCAAGAAGACAAGGAGAUGACAGGAGUUCAUCAUUAAACAUUUUAAAUAGCUGUUUCCUAAUUCCCGGUAAAAAUAAUCCCAAUUCUAAAUCAUUUCUCCCCAAAACUGUUGUCUGUAUCUUGGCAUCGUCCUGUUCAUCCCUGCCGGAUACUGAUUCAGAAGAGCAUCUGAAGUGGCUAUGAGUCAGCUCACAUCAGACCCUUCCCCCUUGGGGAUGGGUGGGCUCCUCUGGGUCCUUGACCAGCUCUCGGCAGCUGUGAGGAACCAGCAAGAGAGUGGGUUCAGAGUUGCAGGUGAGCCUCUGAAAAAUCCUUGGUAGGUGGUUGUUUUUUUUUUUAAGCUGAUUAAAACAGCACACUCCCCAGAAUGUUAAAUCACCUUUUCCGCAUCUGCAGUGAGUAUAGCAGUGGGCAAAUGGUUUCUGCUUCUCAUCUCUUCCUGAAAGCGUUUCAGAAUCCCACCCUUACACCCCCCCAGGAAGCUGAAUGAAAUGUUUGCACAUUCCUCCCACUGCGUUAGGGCUGUGCAAGGAGGGUGGGCUUCGGGGUUGCUUCCCUGGUCAGAAUACUUGGUGUCGUUCCCGUUCUACGACUUCUGCUUUGGACCCCAGACGAUAACUUGGAUAUACUGAUAAAGGCUUCGUGGAAAUCUAAGGUAGGUCACGCAAACGGAUAAGGUUCUCCAAUCCUUUCCCAGUAUCAAGGGUUGGUUAUGUCUCAGAUACAGACGUGCUGCUGUUGAUGGACCAGUGAGUCUGUGUAUUUGCUUUGCUUCUGAUCCUCAGGCCAGAACACGCGUUCAGCCCCUUUUGCCCCCGCUCCUCCAGAACGACAAGAAAGCAGGCGUGCCGUCGUAAAGCCAGCUCUCGCGCAUUUGCGCCUCUCUUCCCCGCGCUCUUCCCAGAACUCGAUGCUGGCUUUAUCUCCCGUUUCUGUUCUUCAGUCCCCUGCCUCCCCGCCCUCUCUAAUUGUCCCCAGUGGGAGUAAUUUAAUUCCGCAUCAAAUUUUCCUGGUUAGGGAGAAGGUGUACUGGAAUUCUCCACGAGGAAAAAUUCACAGUUGAGGAAGAGUAUGGUAGAAGUAGAAGUAAAAUAGAGGUAGGUAGUUUAGUUCAGUGUGACUGAGAAUGUCACUGGAAGCCGCUUUGGGAAGGGCUCUGUGGCCUUUCUUUGUAAACGCCCCAGAAGAGACACGCAGGGAGGAGGCCCUCCGGCAGCCCCCCUCUGCCUCACUCUGGGUCAGAGCCACUCGGUGCAGAGGUGGGUGGGAACGACCUCUGCGAGGGUCCUCUCCUGCCCCAGCAGGGUCAGCAGACCACGAGAGCCCACAGGCAUGAGCCAGCGUGGGCCUGUUCGUAUGUGAGGUCUCAGGGACACAGCCUGGGUUGUUGGUGAGGUGCAGCAGAGCUGAGCCAUCACAGCAGAGGCCGCAGAGCCUGCAGAGCGGAACAUGGUUCCACUCUGGUCCUCCACGGAAAGCCUGCUGACCCCCGCCCUGGGCCAGCAGGACGCCUCACGGGCUGCUGCGUCGGAGGGAUGAAGACGACCGGGGGUCCGCGCUAAAGUGUUUGGGGCUGGGACACGUUUCAGGAGGAGCCUUUCUGGACUUGGUACCUGUCAAGAUCAUAUUGUCACUACCGUGAAGAAACCAGCACGCUGGUGGGAGCUUCCCAGGGUGAGCAGCAGCACUUAGAUUUCUGCUUCCAGAGCGGCUGCAUGAAUUCCCCAGGAAACGCAGCCUGAGAAUCUGCCUCCCCUCCCCGCUGCAGCUGAGGUCACGGUGACACCCAGGCUCCCCCGUCCUGGACUCCAGGGCAGGUCCCGUCCCCCGCCCGUGUUCCACAGCACCUGACCGCCCUGCUCUAACGCGCGUGGCUGGGGAAACGGGGUAUCCCUGCUGCCCACUUGAAAUUAAUCCUGCCUUUACUGCAGAGAGUAUGUUUUUCUAUAUAUAUAAAAAUUCUCAGCUAUUGCGAAUAAAAUCAGUUUGUUGUAUCGUAA